AUGGUUGGUAUAGAACUUGCAGAGGAACCUGACGAGGCCUCAGUUGAUGUCUUGGGCGGUGACAUAACUACUUCUGCGUAUGAGGCGCGUUUAUGGUCCGUAACUAAUUCAGAGUCAGGGAAGACAAGUGCUGGUACUCCUAGUGAUGGUGGUGGCGGGGGAGGUAAGGCUGUUGGUGAAGAUGAUUGUGAUUAUGACAAGGAUUAUACACAUGCACCUCCUACCACUACAACUGCAGCUCCUACCACUACAGCUGCUGCACUUUCCACUACAACUGCUGCUCCUACUACUAUAACUGCUACUCAUUACAUUGCAACUGCAGCGUCCGAGACAUCAACUACAGCUCAUACAACUGCAGCUCCUACAAAUACUAAUGCUGCGACUACAACAAUAAUUGCAGAAGCUGCCAAUAAAACUGUUGCUCCUACCACUACAACUGCAGCUCCAACCACUACCACAGCUGUUCUUACCACCACAGCUGCAGCUCCCGCCACUAACACAACUGCUCUAAACACAACAACUACAGCUCCCAUCAUUACCAGAGCUGCUUCGACCAUUACAACUGCAGCUCCCACUACCUCCACAGCUGUUUCUACCACUCCGACUGCAGCUCCAAAGCUGCUCUUUCCACUACAACUGCAGCUCCGGCCACUACCACAUCUGAUCUUACAACUACAACGAAGCUCCCACUUCUACAACAGCUGCUCCUACCACUACAAGUGCAGCACCCACCACUCCCACAGUUGCUCUAAGACUACAACUGCAGUUCACGUCACUAUCACAGCUGCUCCUCAAGUCAAGUCAAGUCACAACUACAACUGCUUCCCAUACCAGUGCAACUGCUGCUACUACUACUGCAACUGA